AUGGCCGUUGUAUAUAAGAAAGGAACCCAGAGAACAUACCAAGUCACUACACCUUCUCCCAAUGACAUAGAGUCUGUGAAGCUCACCACCAGAGAACGGUUCACGUUCCUUCCUCUGGUGAUAUUCACAAUAUGGAUCCGCACAUUCAAUCUGGACUAUCCCGACUCUGUCGUCUUUGAUGAGCUACAUUUUGGUGGGUUUGCUAGAAAAUAUCUCAUGGGAGAGUUCUUUAUGGAUGUGCAUCCUCCGUUGGUGAAACUGAUCUAUGCGGCGAUUGCCCAUUUCAACCAUUAUGACCUCUUCGACUUCGAUUUCGGAAAAAUUGGUCUAGCAUACAAGGACUCGAAUACUGGAGAGCUUCUGGCUCCUUAUGUUUCAAUGAGAGCAUUUCCUGCUCUGUGUGGUGUCUCGCUGGUUCUACUCGCAUACCACACUUUGAGAUCGUCUGGUUGUAGACAUUUUGUCGCGCUUUUUGGCGCUUUUCUUGUCGCCAUUGAGAAUUCCUUGGUUUCACAAUCCAGAUUUAUACUUCUUGAUAGCCCACUGCUUUUUGGGAUUGGAAUCACGGUUUACGCAUUCAAGCAGCUGGAAAUCUCCGUGCCUUUCUCAAGAAGGUGGGACAGAUACGUCCUGUUCACUGGCAUUGGGCUUGGGCUUUCGAUCAGUUCCAAAUGGGUCGGUUUAUUUACCGUUCUAUGGGUUGGAAUUUGCACUCUAGACCAUUUGUGGUUGCUCGUGGGUGAUCUGGAGGUUUCCCCAAAACAAAUCGUGAAACACAUAUACAUCAAGCUGUACUACUGGAUCUGCCUGCCUUUGGUGAUGUAUCUCAUGUGCUUCACAAUUCACUUUGCAUUUUUACCCAAUUAUAGUGAGGGAGGUUCUCUCAUGUCCACAAGAUUCCAAGCUGGUUUAUUUGGAUCCAAUCUUAACAACAUUGACAGUGAUAUCUCGUAUGGCUCUACAGUGACAUUGAGGCACUUCAACACUGGGGCCUAUCUCCACUCACACAACCAUACGUAUCCGAAGUCUGGAAAUCAACAGGUUACUUUGUAUGGGUUUAGAGAUCUCAAUAACCAAUUUUUCGUGGAAAAGACCGAGAAAAGCAACAUUGGCGAGUUGGUGAAAAACACCCAGUUUUUGAAGGACUCCAGCAAGUUGCGUCUGUUCCACAAUACCACCGAAAAAUACCUUCAUGUCUCUGAUUUGAGACCACCUAUAAGCGAACAAGAAUAUAACAAUGAAGUCAGUGUUAUUGGAGACGCUGAAUUUCUGGGGACUGUGGACGAGAACUUCCAGCUGCAGAUAGUGCAAGAGUAUUCCAAACCAGGCGAGGCACAGAAAAAGGUGAAGCCAAUUGACACAGUAUUUCAGUUGAAACAUCUGGGAACGCAAUGCACUCUUUUUGCACACGAUGUCAAGCUUCCGGCAUGGGGAUUUCGCCAAUUGGAGGUGACCUGUGUUGAGAAACCAACCUUGCUGAACACACUGUGGUACAUUGAGACGAGUUCACAUCCACUUCUGGAAUCCGCUCAGAAGGUGGAAUUUGAGCCAAUGAGCUUCUUGGAAAAGCUCUGGGAGCUUCACAAGGUGAUGUGGAGAACCAACGCAGGAUUGACGGACUCGCACACUUAUGCGUCAGAUCCUCUGUCUUGGCCCGUUCUACUGAGAGGAGUGAGCUACUGGGAUAAAGAGAACAAAAACAUCUACUAUCUCGGAAAUUUUCUGAUUUACUGGACGACGACAUCGUUGAUAGUAGUAUACAUGUUAUACAAGUUCGUUAAGGUUGUCACUUUCAAUCCUUUCAGAUAUGGCCGGAGCGUGAAAGUGGACCAGGACGAGACCAAAUACGAUUCACAGGUUCUGUGCUUCAUUAUUGGUUGGUUUGUCCAUUUCGCACCCUCUUUGAUGAUGAAGAGGCAAAUGUUUUUGCACCACUAUUUGCCGUCUCUGUAUUUUGCGAUUCUCAUCACUGCUCAGACGUUUGAGUUCAUCAUCUCCAAUGCCAAAAAGCUGGGGUAUCUCGUCAUGAUCGUGACCGCAGCAGGAUGUGCUGUGGUGUUUUAUUCGUAUGCUCCGAUCAUAUAUGGACUGGAUUGGACCAAACAAGGCUGUGAGGAAAUGAGGAUUCUGGGAUCGUAUGAUAUCCCAUGCGGUAACUAUAUCAAUUGA